GACUGAGUGACGCGCCAGCAGGAGUCGGACUGGGACUGCCAUAAGAGGCGGCAGCAGCUGGAGCGCAAGCAGAGCGGGGAGAGGCUUCCUACAGCAGCACACCGCCACGCAGCUCAGCCUCCUCUCUGAGCCAGCAGCGCAGGUCCAUGCUGCCGCCUCAGUAACUCUUCUACCCCGACAAACAACGCUACUCGGCGGGCUUCUACAACCCGAUUCUCCGGAGAAGUUCAAAAGUAGAGUUGAUUGAGUUUGUGUAGCAGCCAUGGGCAGCAAGACUCUGCCAGCACCAGUCCCUCUCCACCCAUCCCUCCAGCUGGCCAACUACUCCCUCCUCCAAAGCUCCACAGGCCUCCAGCUGCCAGCAGAUCAUUUCCACAGCAUCUAUAGCUUCAGCGCCUUACACGCCAUCCACCUCCACCAGUGGACCCUCGGCUACCCGCCUUUGGCCCUGCCCCGCUGCACAAUCUCAAAGUUACCUGCCCAGUUCUCCUCCAUGGCCUCCAUCCCUAUAUUCCCUCACCUCCUGCAGCCCAAGCAAGACUCAGUGAGGUUGCUGCAGAGCUCCAAGAACAAGCCUCGCUUUGACUUUGCCAACCUGGCAGCAGCAGCCACCCAGGAGGAUCACCUGAAGGCGGAGGACCUGAGCAUGGCGGGUGCUGCUGCUGCUGCUGCAGCGCAAGCUUCAUCUCACCACCCAACCUCAGCUAGUCUGGGAUGCCUCCUGGACGUGACCAAACUCUCCUCACCAGAGCGCAAGUCCAGCCGAGGACGACUGCCCUCCAAGACCAAGAAAGAAUUUGUCUGCAAGUUCUGUGGCCGCAAUUUUACCAAAUCCUACAACCUUUUGAUCCACGAGAGGACGCACACAGACGAGAGGCCAUAUACCUGUGAUAUCUGUCACAAAGCCUUCAGAAGACAAGACCACCUCCGAGACCACAGGUACAUUCAUUCCAAAGAAAAGCCCUUCAAAUGUCAGGAGUGUGGGAAGGGCUUCUGUCAGUCCAGGACUCUGGCUGUCCAUAAAACACUACACAUGCAGGUCAAGGAUCUGAAGCCAAUCAAAGUCAAGUGAUGCACUCUGCCAGCAGGGAAGAGACGUGAACACAACAUAAAACAAGAAUCAAACACAAUCAAAGACUUUUUCAUCUCAGCUGCUUGGGGCACAGCCCUCAGCCUCCAUGGAUUACUUCUCAAGGAUUACAUGUUUUACCAGCCAGUUCUUAAAGAAAUAAUACAGAAAUAAGCCUUAAUGUAGAAGUGUAUGCUUCGUUAUCAAAGCCUGAUUUGGUAGAGGAGCCAGUGGAACGAGAAAUGGACCUUAAGGAAAAGGUCCUUGUGGCGCUCAGGCGCUUAUAAUUCAAAGCAGGACACAAGUUAUAUGCAAUGAUCAAAGCCAUGUUAGCAUAGACACAUUUUCUUGCUUGUCAAUACCACAUUCCAAUGUUAUUUUUGUACAGAUACAUUAUAUCAGAAAUGUAUUUUUGCACUUUAAUCAGUUUAUUGAUUAUUUACAUGAUUAUUCACUGGAUUUUUUAUUUUCAAAAUGAAUAAUCAUUUCUAAAUAAAAUAUUUUACUGUAA